AUGGAGGACAAGCUCAUGAAUGUUAAGUUGGCAUACUAUGACAUGGGGUUGAAGACGAUAAAGAAUGAAGAACAAGCUCGGUUUCUGUUUGGGAUUUCGCUCUUUGAUAUACCCAAAUGGCAGCAAUUCCUGCUUUGCUCUUCUGGGUUCUUCUUUGGUUAUCUAGUUAAUGGUGUCUGUGAGGAAUUUGUGUAUAACAGGCUACAAUUCAGUUAUGGGUGGUACUUCACAUUUGUACAAGGAUUUGUGUAUCUAUUUCUGAUUUAUCUUCAAGGCUUUACCACCAAGCAAAUGGUGAACCCAUGGAAGACUUAUGUGAAGCUAUCUGCUGUGCUUAUGGGCUCUCAUGGACUUACCAAAGGCUCCUUGGCUUUUCUCAACUCCCCUGCACAGCUAAUGUUCAAAUCAACAAAGGUUUUGCCUUUGAUGAUAAUGGGAGCCUUCAUACCAGGUUUGAGGCGGAAGUACCCACCUCAUGAGUACGUUUCUGCAAUCGUUCUGGUGGUGGGUCUGAUCCUAUUCACCUUAGUGGAUGCACAAACAUCUCCCAACUUCAGCGUGAUUGGUGUGGUGAUGGUAUCGGGUGCUCUAGUCAUGGAUUCGUUUUUGGGUAAUUUGCAAGAAGCAAUAUUUACCAUGAAUCCUGAAACCACACAGAUGGAGAUGUUGUUUUGCUCUACAGUAGUUGGUCUACCUUUCUUGGUGCCACCAAUGAUUUUGACAGGAGAAUUAUUCAAAGCGUGGAGUUCAUGUUCUCAGAUAACUUGCCAGUUACAAAAUCUUUUGAUUCCAGACUUGUUACAUUCCUCGCAAGCCUCUCAGUUACACUUACACCUAACCUUUUGGAGGAAGACAGACCAGAUGAUGCCUGUGAUGCCUACCAUACAUACUUUGGUGUAG